AGUUGCGUUACAUUUGCGAAAAGUUCGCGUUAUAUUAUCUUUAACUAGAAAAUUGUAUUCUGUAAGCUAUCUGAACGCAAUUUGUAAAGUAUCUCUUCGCGUUAUGUAAAGUAACAUUAACGCGGGCUAUUGGACAGCGUUAAAUUCAUUAACGCAAUCAUAUAGUUAGGUUAAUGUAACUUUUGUAAUCGUGGAUACAGUACACGGGUCUCGAAAAUCCAAUUAUUUCAACAUACGAAGGCUAAAAAAAGAAGUGGAGUACGGUACAAGACUCAAUGUUAAGUCAGGUACCUACACUGAAUCAAAACGAUGACCAAUUUAUCAGAAUUUUUCGAUUGUCAAAAGAAGCGGUGACUUAUUUAUGUAAUGUACUUGAACCCUUUGUGCAGCGUAGACGAAAGAGUGGAAUAAGUGUACAAACCCAAGUUUUAUGUGCAUUAAGAUUUUUUGCUAUUGGCUCCUACCAGAAAGGUAUCGGCAAUGAUUAUUUAGUAUCAUUAUCACAACCAGCUGUGAGUAGAGUGGUAAGGACAGUAGCAUUAGCUAUUAUUGAAGUGCUUGCUCAUGAAUGGAUAAGAUUUCCAAGGACAGAAGAAGAACGAGCAGUUUUGAAAGAAAGAUUUCAAGAAGAAAGAAAUUUUAAAGGAGUAAUCGGUUGCCUCGAUUGUACUCACGUAGCAAUUGUGAGACCUAAAAUUCAUGAGGAAGCAUACCUUAACCAUAAAGGUUUCCAUUCUAUAAACGUGCAGGCAGUAUCGUCGCACGAUUUAGAAAUUCUGAGUAUAAACGCCAGAUUUCCAGGAAGUGUACAUGAUAACUUUAUUUGGAAAAAUUCUGCCGUAAGGAAUGAAAUGAUGCGGUUAUAUGAAUCUGGAGAGCAAUCAACAUGGCUUUUGGGCGAUUCAGGCUACAGCUUGGAACCUUGGUUAAUGACACCAAUCAUAGGUGCAGCAGAAGGAAGCGCAGAAGCUCGAUACACAGAAUGUCAUUCAUCAACUAGAAAUUGUGUCGAAAGAAUGUUUGGACUUCUAAAAAAUGUAUGGAGAUGUCUCCUCAGUCAUCGUGUAUUGCAUUACGAACCAAUUAUAGCAUCAAAUAUAAUAACAGCUUGUGCUGUAUUGCACAAUAUUCGAUUUCAUUUUAAUCUUAUGCAUAGAGAAUUCGAUAUAGAUGAAGAGGGCGAAGCUGAAGCUGUCCAAAGAGCUGAACUUGCAAAUGUCAGAGCCUGUAACCGUAUCAGAGCACAAGAAAUAAUUGAUGCUAAUGAAGCGCAUUUAAAUCAGGGAAAUAGAUUAAUAGAAGCAAGAAGAGUACAGAGAAGAAUUCUUCGAACUCAAUUUGAUUUACGAGAAGAUUGA